AUGGGGUCCCUCCUGCACUACUCCCCUGAUCUCCAUCCCAACCUACAGCCCAGUCUGGUGGAGCCUGGUACAGGUGGGUCUAAACAAGGCUGCUGGUCUGAGGAUCGUAGCGACACAGAGCUGGUGGAGCCUGGUACAGGUGGGUCUAAACAAGGCCGCUGGUCUGAGGAUCGUAGCGACACAGAGCUGGUGGAGCCUGGUACAGGCGGGUCUAAACAAGGCUGCUGGUCUGAGGAUCGUAGCGACACAGAGCUGGUGGAGCCUGGUACCGGUGGGUCUAAACAAGACUGCUGGUCUGAGGAUCGUAGCGACACAGAGCUGGUGGAGCCUGGUACAGGUGGGUCUAAACAAGGCCGCUGGUCUGAGGAUCGUAGCGACACAGAGCUGGUGGAGCCUGGUACAGGUGGGUCUAAACAAGGCUGCUGGUCUGAGGAUCGUAGCGACACAGAGCUGGUGGAGCCUGGUACAGGUGGGUCUAAACAAGGCUGCUGGUCUGAGGAUCGUAGCGACACAGAGCUGGUGGAGCCUGGUACAGGUGGGUCUAAACAAGGCUGCUGGUCUGAGGAUCGUAGCGACACAGAGCUGGUGGAGCCUGGUACCGGUGGGUCUAAACAAGGCUGCUGGUCUGAGGAUUGUAGCGGCACGGUGUGGUACCAGGUGGAGCGCAGGGAGGGACGCUGUGGAAACACUCUGGAGUUUAGCUGUGGGGGCACACAGUGUCCAGUGGGACAGGACUGUAUCAGUGUUGGUGGAACACUUCGCUGUGCAGACCCCUGCCAGAACUACACCGCACUGAAUGACGACUGGCGUUCCACCACCAACAACAACCAGGUUAAUGGGGGCUUACACUGCGACCAGAGCAUCAACUUUCAGGGCUGGUAUCGCCUGUUCCUGGGGCACACCAGCGUUCAGAUGCCAGAGAGGUGUGUGGAGAUUAACAUGUGUGGAACCCACGCCCCCCUGUGGCUCACAGAGCCCCAUCCCCAGCUGUCAGACAGGGUGGUUCAGAGGGGCGUCUGUGGGAGCUGGUCUGGUAACUGCUGCUCGUUUAAACAACCUCCCAUCCAUGUCAAAGCCUGCUAUGGAAACUACUAUGUCUACAAGUUGGUUCCUGCAAUAAACUGCCACUUGGCCUACUGUGCAGACGUCAACACCAAGGUGUGUUCUACCUGUAGAGAUGAUGACACCUGUAGGAGUGAGGAUAAGAUCACCUGGAGGUGUGAGAGGAAAGCCCCUACACCUACACCUACACCACCUCGGAUAACUGUUACCACCACCAAUCCUCCUAUCAUGGCCCCAGAGGUGGUGUGUGGGCAGAGCAUGAUACAGGUGGGUCUAAACAGGGCUAACCUGAGGGCCGCUGGUCUGAACGCUUCCACAGCUCACCUGGCCGACUCUAGGUGCUCCGCCCACGAGGAUCGUAACGGCACGGUGUGGUACCAGGUGGAGCGCAGGGAGGGACGCUGUGGGAACACUCUGGAGACUAACACCACCCAUGCUGUCUACUCCAACAGCUUAUUCGUUUAUCCAGUAGAUGGGAGGAAUGACUCUCUCUCCCGACCCGUGAGCUUUCCUCUCUCCUGUGUCUAUCCUCUGGGGACAGAGAGCAGUCUGAAUGUGGCCAUCAGACCCUACCUACUGAAUAGUCGUGGAGCUGUUGGAGUCGGUGCCAAGGCCAGAGCCUCCAUGUUUCUGUAUCGUAACUCAAACUACACAGAGUCUUACCCAGCUGGUGAAGUCCUCCUGCCGAUUGGUUCCACUCUGCGCGUGGGCGUGUCCGUAGAGGAGUCCGGGAUGGAGCGUUUUGUUGUUGUUCUAAGGGACUGCUAUGCCAACCAAUCCCCCAACCCUGAUAAUCUCCCGCGGACCUACAUGAUUCAGGACAGGUGUCCUACAAAUCGUACCCAGGUGACCGUGGAGGAAAGCGGCUCGUCCCUCAGGGCUCGCUUCUCUGCUGCGUUGCAGGUGGACUACCGUUACUUCUUCCUGCACUGCAGCCUCAGCCUGUGUGACCAGAGGAGCUCCUCCUGCACUCCAGUGUGCUCUGGAAGGAAAUCUCGCUCUGUGUCUGAUACUGUCCUCCUCAAGCCCAUAGCCAUCGGGCCAAUCAGCUGGGCCCAGAGUCUGGAGUGAGCCUUGGUACCCCCAGCAUAUGAAGGAUGGCAGGGACCCAGAGUCUGGAGUGAGCCUUGGGACCCCCAGCAUAUGAAGGAUGGGGUCCCUCCUGCACUACUCCCCUGAUCUCCAUCCCAACCUACAGCCCAGUGUAACUUUCAAGGGCACAGAAAUACUCGUUUAGAUUCUAAGUAAUGAAUUGAUGCACUACAGUGUGAUUUCAUUGUACUGUGUAUGUUGUAUACACAUAGACUUGCAUUGUUUUAGGACUGAUCAUUUCCUCACAUCAUUGUGUAAGUUCCAACCAAACCUGAGUUGCUGUGUUUGUAAGUUCCAACCAAACCUGAGUUCUGUGUGUGUAUGCUGUGAUUUGAUGAUGUCAAUAAAUAACUCUGUAU